AUGGAAACUUAUAAGUGUAAUAAUCUAAACCAUCAAGAUGAAGAAAUAUUAGGUUUUUGCUUAAAUGAACAUUGUGAGUAGGAAAAAUAAUAUUGUUAUAAAUGUUUAAUAAUGACUCAUUCAGAUCAUUAGAAUGAUUGCAUUCGAUUUGUUACAAUGAGCAAAGAUAUUAAAGAAUUCAUUCAAGCUUAAGAUGAACUAUGUAAAUAAAUAAAAGAAAUAAUUGAUAAAAUAAAGAAUUCACUUGAUUAAAUUUACAAAAAAAAAGAGCAAGAGAUUACAAAAUUAAAAAAUAUGGACUAAUAACUUGGAAAUUAAGAGUAUUAGAAUUUAAAAUCUUAAAUAAACAUAAUCUAACAGUUUUAUUAAAAAAAAAAAGAAAAUGAAACAAGUAUCAAUUUAAGUAAUAUUAAUAGAAUAACAAAUAAUCGAAUUGAAUAAAAUUUGUAAUGCCAUUAAGGAUAUUGUAAAUGAUUAAAUUAAUUCUAAAGCUAACUCUGGCAACUCAAAAAUUAUUAAAAUUGUAGAAAUUACUGAGAAUAAUGAUAAUUAUAAGCAAUUUUAGGCAAAAUCAUUAUUUAUUGAAGGUAAAAUUAAUGAAUUAAGUAAAAUAGGGGAAUAAUUAACUAAGACUAGGGAAUUUGAACAAGCUUUGAUUAAGUUUGAUGAUUCAAUAAAAUUAUGUAGUAAUGAUGUUGAUGUUUAUAUAUGGAAAGGUAACACUAUUAANUAGAAAAAUAUAUCCUAUAUUAUCUACUAAGAAAAACUAUUAAGUCUCACUAAAUAGGAAAUUGUGAAGUGUAUUGUAAAGUUCGCUGAAAUAUCUGAAAUUGAAAGCUAAUUUGUAAUUUUUAUAGUCUUAAGAAAAAUUUCGUCAAUGCCUUUAGCUUACACAUAUGAAUGGAUAUUGAUGUAUUCAACAAAUAAUCAUAGAUUAUUUAAUAUUAGUAAAAAAUAAUUUUUAUUAGAACUUCAUAACAAUUCCCAUAAAUUUUGA